AUGGCCCGCCGCUUCGUGCAGACCAACUCGAUCUCCGAGAUGGAGGGCCUCAAGCUCCUCAACACCCAGCGCAUGAACCGCCCCGUGUCGCCCCACCUCGACAUCUACCAGCCCCAGGUCACCUGGGUCCUCUCGGGUCUCCACCGUAUCACCGGUGUUGCCGUCGCCGGUGUCUUCUACGUCGGCGCCCUCACCUACCUCCUCCACCCCAUCUACCCCGCCAUUGACUCGGCCCACCUCAUCGAGGCUGUCCACAACCUUCCCGUCUGGUUCAAGACCUCGGCCAAGGUCGCCUUUGCCCUCCCCCUGACCUUCCACUCGUUCAACGGUAUCCGCCACCUCAUGUGGGACACCGGAAAGGGCCUCACCAUGAAGGGUGUCUACGCCUCGGGCUACGCCGUCAUGGCCGCCUCGGUCAUCUCGACCAUCUACCUCGCCUUCUUCGUGUAA